AACCGAUCCUCUUCUUCUUCAUGACUCCCAUUUUUUCAAACCCCCAUUGCUUUAACAAAUCAAUCCCCUUCUUUCUUUGCUUUCUCUCCAAGUUGCGCGUUUAGAUUGGUCUCAAAGUAGUAGAGCUCUUCACGAGCCAAAGUUCCCUUUCUCGUUCCUCAGUCUUUGUUCUUUUCCUUCGUUUCCUUAUUUCAUUCAUUUCUCACCAACCACUUCCUGAGAUCAGGUUAUAAAAUCUUCGUUUUUCUUUGCUUUCUUGGUUGUUGGUAUUGUUUGAGGCAAUCCCAAUUGUGAUUUGAUUGGAUUCUGUUGGGUUUUAAGCUUUCGGGAAAAAGCCUACUUGAAAGUUUUUCCUUUUAAAACUAAGAAUCGGGUGAUUCUCCAAGCACACCCAGAUUGAGAAAAACAAAAACCCAGCUUUGAUUUCAUAGAGUUGACUUGAUGUGAGUUGAUUCAAUUUGAGCUACUUUUCAAGGUUUCUGGGUUUUGAAAUCAGGUUCAGGGAGUUGAGUUUUUCAUUACCUUGAGCUUGAUUCAAUUUGUCAAUUUUUCUGGGUUUUGAUCUACUUGCAAGAGCCUGAUUGACUUGUGGUUCGAAGCUAUGGAUGGGUCUCAGGGUGGUUCGAAUGCACCAGCGCCUUUUCUUUCGAAAACAUAUGACUUGGUGGAUGAUCCUUCAACCAAUCAUGUGGUGUCUUGGAGUGAAACUGGUUGUAGUUUUGUAGUUUGGGAUCCCACAGAGUUUGCCAAGGAUUUGCUUCCCAUGUAUUUCAAGCACAACAAUUUUUCGAGCUUUGUCAGGCAGCUUAAUACAUAUGGGUUCAGGAAAGUUGAUCCUGAGCAAUGGGAAUUCGCUAAUGAGGAAUUCUUGAGAGGAGGAAGACAUCUUCUGAAGAAUAUUCACCGCCGUAAGCCAAUUCAUAGUCAUUCCAUGCAAAAUCACGAGUAUUCUUCAGUUCCUUUAAGUGAGACAGAAAGAGAAGAAUAUGAAAAGAAAAUCAAUAGACUGAAUAAUGAUAAGAGUUUGCUUGAGCUAGAGCUGCAAAAACAUCAAAGGGAGAAUCAGGAGUUUGAAUUUCAAAUGCAAUUGUUAAGUGAACAACUGCAAAAGAUGGAACUUCGGCAGAGGCAAUUUACGACGUUCCUAGCUCAUAUAUUGCAGAAGCCAGGGUUUGCCUCUUUACUUAUGCAACAAUCUGAAAAUCAUAACAAGAAAAGAAGACUGUUGAAACCUAGUCUAUUUCCUGAUGAGUUCAGCAUGGAAGGUCUGAACUUGAAUUCACAAAAAGAGAACCCGGGUUCAGUUUCAACUUCGACAUCAAAGUCGGUCCAGCUUGAGAAAAUGGAGUCUUCCUUGAACUUUUGGGAGGAUUUUCUACGUGGGAUCGGGGAAGCUGUACCUGAAGAAGUAAAUGAUGUUGGCCCUAUGUCUGAGGUCUCUCCUGUCAUUGUUUCAGAAAUACGAGACCUUGGCAUGAACAGCAGGCCGUGCUCACCUAUAUCAAAUUUAUCUUCGCCAACUUCAAUGAAUGUUCAUUCAUCACCAGAAGUGGCUGGGUCUACAAAUCUUUUCGACAUCCUUGCUAUCUCAUCAAUGUGUCAAACUGGUGAUUACAGGCCUAAAUCUUCAGGACUUGAUAUGAACUCUAAGCCUGAUAGUGCACCCUCAGUUGAGGCUCCAAAAGAAAGGGUAGCGGAUAUGACAACCACUGAGCCUGCUGCAGCAAAUGAUGUCUUUUGGGAGCAAUGUCUAACAGAGACCCCUGGUUUAGAAGAUGCACAGGAAGUACAAUCGGACAGAAGGGAUGGGGAUGGCAGCGCAAGUGAUACCAAUGCAGCAGCUCAGAAAAAGCUUUGGUGGAACACAGAUAAUGUAGAUAACUUUACAAACCAGAUAGGGCGCCUCACUCCAGCUACAUAGUUACAAUUGGCCUUAUAAUGUAGACACUUGAUAUAUAUACAUCUUAAAAUUUUAAAUAGAAUUACUUAUGUCUGCACUUUCUAGAAGCUGUUCCAAUUUUUCAGGUUUAUUCUUGUAGACUUGUUGUGCAUAUCAGGUCAAUAUUCGAAUACUUCCGACGUAGUGGAAAUAGAGCUGUUCUUUACUCUUUGUAUGUAAAUGACUAAAAGAGUAAAAGUUACCAGGCUGCAGGGAAUUUGUAUUAGCUUUAUAGUUAGCUUUCUUAUUCGCUAAAUUGAUGGUGUAUGCAGUAGGCACUUAAACACAUUCUUACAUUAUUUAUUCUUGUCAUCUGUUUCUAUUAUGGUAAAGUCAAUUUAUACAAUGCAUUGAAGCA